AUGGAUUUGCUGCAGAAGAGGGGUAAAUAUCCUCCCCCUCCUGGUGUUUCGUCAAUAUUAGGUGUUGAGGUUGGUGGGGUUGUUGUAAACGGAGACACUUUUCCUUCAGGCACUCCUGUUGCUUGUCUCCUCCCUGGACUAUCCGAUUUCAAGGCGAAUGGAGGAAAACCCUCAGGCAUUAAAUACGCCCUUGUAUACGCCGCUGGCUCCGGGGCAACGGUUUGUUUGAAUUAUAAGGAGUUGGGGGCAUCGCUGGCGGAUGAAGUACUCAAGUAUACAGAGGGCCGAGGAGUAGAUAUUGUUCUUGAUUGUGUUGGAUCUUCUUUAUUUGAUCAAACCCUAAAAUCCCUAAAAACAGACGGAAUGGUUUAUGAGGGUUUGCAGGUGGAUAUUAUACGGUUGUUUAGGGGGAAAUAA